UUGAAGAGCCACUCAGCGUGACUAUUCAAGAACAGGAGCAGUAGUCCGCUGACGCAAAGAAGCCGGUCGCUGCUCCUCUGCAACUACUCUAAAUGCAAGCUAAUGAAUAAACAUGUUCCUGAAGCAGCUACACCCUUACCCGUACGAUUUGAAGCACAGAAGUUUUUCGGCGCUGUUCAGUUUUGUGUUAUUAUGUGUGGAGAUCUCGCCAGCAGCAUGCUCUCCUCGACCGCACAUCGUCUUCAUCCUGGCGGACGACAUGGGCUGGAACGACGUCAGUUUCCACGGCUCGAACCAGAUUCCGACGCCCAACCUCGAUGUUCUUGCUUCAGAGGGCAUACUUCUGCACUCUUACUACACCAUGCAUCUGUGCACGCCUUCCAGGGCCGCGCUUCUUACUGGAUUGUAUCCAAUAACAACAGGAAUGCAGUCAGGUAUCAUCGCCGGCGCGGAGCCUUGGGGACUUCCACUCAAUUUGAAGAUUAUGCCUGAACAUUUCAAAGACUUAGGCUAUGAAACACAUUUGAUUGGUAAAUGGCACCUGGGUUUCUUUAAAACCGAGUAUACGCCUCUGAAGCGCGGAUUUGACACGUUCUACGGCUAUUACAACGGAAUGGUGGACUACUACGACCACACGUCUGGCUCGGAACACGUUGGCCUUGACCUGAGAGACAAUGAGAAACCAGAUUGGGGAGAAAACGGAACUUACGCUACUCACCUGUUCACCGAAAAGUUUGUUUCUCUUAUUGAGAAGCACGAUAAAUCUAAGCCAUUUUUUGGUUAUUUCAGCCAGAUAGCUCCACAUAUCGGAAAUACAGAUCCUUUUCAAGCGCCAGAAAAGAUUGUGAGAAAGUUUUCCUACAUAGGAAACAAGGACAGGAGUUACUAUGCAGCCAUGGUAGACGCGUUGGACGAAUCGGUGGGGGCCGUGGUUGACGCCCUCAACAGGACCGGCAUGCUGAAUGACACAAUCAUUGUGUUCAGCUCCGACAACGGCGCCGCUCUCUUUGGUGAAGGUUUGACGGGCGGUAGCAGCUGGCCACUCCGUGGAUACAAGUCCACACUCUGGGAAGGUGGUGUGCGAGCUCCGGCGUUUGUCUGGAGCACGAGGCUCAAGAAGCGCCGUCAGCUGUCGCGCCAUUUGAUGCACAUCGUUGACUGGCUGCCCACUCUAUACUCAGCCGCCGGAGGAAACGUGGCGCAACUGGGUCCCAUUGAUGGCUUCGACAUGUGGCGUGCGCUGUCAGAGGGCACCGAAUGUCCACGAAAGGAGAUACUGCACAACGUGGACCCGAAUAAUAAAGCCAUGGCGCUGAGAGUUGGCCGCUACAAGCUCGUGGUUCAGGCUCCGAAAAAUGACACCAAACUGAAGAACAACCGCCACCCUAUGAAAGGCAUGGACAACCCACUGGACGACCUGACGCGGUUGCGCGCACGUUCAAGGACGGCGAAGGUGUUCAAGUCACUGUUCGGCAACCUCCGCUUCGAAACCGACAAGAACUGGACGCAGGAGGCGACCGUGAAGUGCUCGCCUGAAGCCAGCAUAAAACCACCGGAGAAGGGUCCCUACUUGUUCGACAUUGAGCAAGACCCCUGCGAGUCGCAGAACCUGGCUGCGUCACACAAAAGGGUGCUGCGCGUUCUCUACAAGAAGCUCAGCGGCUACAUGUCGCGAAUGGUGGCAUCACGGGCACGACCAGCCGACCCACGCGCUUACCCCGAGAACUUCGGCGGUGUCUGGUCUCCCUGGCUCGAUUAGAUGCUCAGCGAGAAACGCAAGGCUCAUCUUGAUCUCCAGAAGCAGGACACGAUGGUGUAACGCAGCGUCUAAAAACUCAACUAGUCACGAGAAGACCAUGCGGCAACUGAAACAUGCUGUAAUAUGGUCUGAUUUCUAAAAAAAAUUACCGUUAGCCUUGGUGACAGAAAUCUAUGCGAGUGAUAGCGGUAUACGUUGUGGCGUACGCCACUAACGCUUACGAACCUCCCUCGUGACAAGACGAAUUUACCAUUCAUAGUCCUUAGAUCGUUAGAUGCUGGAAAGUUCUGAAAGCGCUAUUAUACAUUGGAAGUCUAGUACGAAACUCCUGUACGACUUUAAUGAACUUGUGACGUGAACAAGAUACAAAGCCAGCCAUGGCUUAGUUGUCAACCUUUACUCAGUCUUCUCAUUUUUUUCUAGACAGGAAAAAAGUCUGCGUCACUAUUUUAUGGUACAUGAUAAAGACGUCGGAAAUAAAGAAAUAAUUCUUGGUGUGCUGG